AUGUUUGGGGAUGUUAGUGUCCUUGCAGUUGGUGAUUUGUAUCAAUUACCUCUAGUAGGGCAAGCUCCUUUGUUUGCUACUGUGAAUAAUGGCUCUUUAAAUUCUUUACACGAGUCUGGUUCUUAUGGGUUCAUACAGCUUAGAAGUAGCUGUACUGAUGAAGACAUUAAUGUUCUUUCAAGUAAAAUUAUCACUCCUAAAUCACAUGAUUAUCCAACUCAUGUUUGUCACCUAUAUCGCCUCAAUAAAGAUGUAGAUGAUGGAAGCAAAUUUAUGCUGAACAAGCUAGCAUCUGAAGAACAAUUUUUGAUUAAAGCAGCUGAUGCAACUGGUGGUAAACCCAUUGACCUGUCCAAUGUACCAGAUAAAAGAACAGAGACUGGAAAUCUACAUACCACAUUAAAAGUAGCUGUUGUAGCUCUUGUCAUGCUCAAUGUUAAUGUAGAUGUCUCUGAUGGACUGGUUAAUGGGACCAGUGGAGAAAUUGUUCAUGUUGUAGUGAAUGAAGGAAAUAGUCCUAUUAGAAUAUUAGUCAAAUUUGAUAACCAAACAGUAGGUUGA